AUGCUCCGGUUUUAUUUCUUCCUUUUAUCUGUGGUCCUUCUCGCCCUGAAUGGCGCAGCCUCUGACUACUUCGAACGACUGAACCUGACCCCCCUGCCCCUCGGCUCACUCCUCGCCUCGUUCGAGUUCCGGAGCAAUGAGACGAUAACAGACUACGAGUCCCAAAAUUUCAGGUUCUUUCCGCGCUCUUUAGGCCAGGCUUUACGGCAUGCAGACACCAAAGAGCUCCAUCUGAGGUUUACCACGGGACGAUGGGAUGCAGAUACCUGGGGAGACCGACCGUGGGACGGUACAAAGGAAGGGGGCACGGGAGUGGAAUUGUGGGCUUGGAUAGAUGCAGAAUCAGACGAAGAGGCUUUUGGAAAAUGGGCGACUCUGACGCAAUCACUUUCUGGCUUAUUCUGCGCCUCGCUGAAUUUCAUCGAUUCGACGAGGACCACACAACCGGUCCUGUCGUUUCGGUCAUCAGGAACAGACAAUGAUCAGAGUCAAAAUCUCCAUCUGCUCCACGGCGUACUUCCUGGAGAAGUGGUUUGCACGGAAAAUUUGACGCCGUUUCUCAAACUCUUACCAUGCAAGGGAAAGGCUGGAAUUUCGAGCUUACUGGAUGGGCACAAGGUAUUCGACGCGUCGUGGCAGAGCAUGUCCAUUGAUGUGAGGCCAAAAUGUACUCCAGGCUUCGGCGAAUGCCAGAUGGAGAUCAGCCAGACUAUUGACGUCGUGCUUGAUAUCGAGCGUUCCAAACGACCCCGCGACAAUCCCAUUCCCCGACCAAUCCCCGCCGAACAACUUGUCUGCGACGAGACCAAGCCUUAUCAUUCUCAUGAGACCUGCUAUCCUCGAGAUAUGACUGAUGAGAUGCCAUGGUCACUCAAAGACGUCUUCGGAAGGACCAUGGCUGGCGCUUGUCCCCUGACCGAGGAUGAAGGACCGGACGCAAAAUCAGUCUGUCUCAAUGUGCCGCAUGAGCGCAUGGUUUUGAUCGGCGUGAGCGGGUUCGAGGUCAAAUCGGACCCAGGCCAACCCGAGUCGAGAUGCUAUCAAUUGAUGCCUUUUGAAGAAUUUGAUCUUGAGCUUCCGCAGCAGACGCUCAAUACCCAGUUUGACUUGGGUCGUGAGCUGCUUAGAGCGGAGAGGUCUAUCACAGGCCAUGGUGCGGCGCGAGGAGGAAUGCGAACCAUCUUUACAAACCCGUCGCCAACAGAGCCGGUCGAGUUGGUUUACUUCGAGAGCUUACCCUGGUUCAUGAGGCCCUUUGUGCACACCUUGAGAGCACAAAUUACGCAGUCUGAGUUUCCUUUCGAGUGGCAAGUCAUCACCGACCUGUAUUAUCGACCUGCCAUUGACCGGAGACGUGGCACCCAACUGGAAGUCGUCAUAUCGGUGCCUCCCGCCAGCACGGUCAUGUUAACCUAUGACUUCGAAAAAGCAAUCCUCAGGUAUACAGAAUAUCCUCCAGAUGCGAAUCGAGGCUUCAACGUUGCGCCAGCAGUGAUCCGAGUUUUGAACGAGGUCAAUGCGGACGGAUCUUCCAAAGACGUCUAUAUUAGGACUACGAGCUUAUUGCUGCCGCUUCCUACACCGGAUUUCAGCAUGCCGUACAAUGUCAUUAUUCUGACGAGUACAGUGAUGGCUCUGGCGUUUGGCAGCAUAUACAAUCUGCUGGUCAGACGGUUCGUUUCGGUGGAUGAAGUGGGCGACAACAAGAUCCGCAUGCUAGUCAAGAAGAUGUCCGGGACAGUCGUAGCGUUGAAAGAGAGCUUCGGAGGCAAGAACCAGAAAGUAGAAUAG